UGAUGCACACAUGUAGGCAGUAGGUGUUGUGGCAGUGACUCAGGUGAGACAGGUCACCGUUUCGAAGAAGUAAUUCAGAGCAGACCGUGGGAUAAAACAGCCGUGUGCUCCUUUAAUUAUAGAGAGAGAUCGUGGCUGCGUAAGAGAUGGAGGGCGAGCUCUCUCUUUGCUGUAAUGCUGUUUAAAAUUCACUCCCCCUCCCCAUGAUGCUCUGUCUCUCUCUCUCUCUUUCUGCCUCUAUGUGCUGUCUGCUAGAUGUGUUUUAUCGCACAGUGUGGAUGUGGAGCUCUUGCAGUGGGAGAAUUGAACAAUGCCAGACAGAAGAAGCUACAGGUCAGACAUUUCGAGCGCUCUAGGGGGUUUUCAUCUAGUGUUGGCAACGCAACGUGACCCACUUAACAUCUCCUAAGAUUCCUUAAUAUUGCUGCAUGUCAUCCAAUAGCAUCCAUCAUCACCACCCAGUUUACAAAUGAGAAGCAAAGGCCUUUAAACGUUAAAGCACUACCACACGAAACCAACAUGACUAUCUCCAUUCAAAACGUCACUGCCACCUCUGCCAUCAUCAGCUGGCUGCCUUCUCCAGGUUGCGUAGACACGUUCUACAGCGUCAUGUAUCACCCAAACUGGAACAGUCUUCUGAUGGGUUACACUCGCAAGAGCUUCCUGCGUGAGGACAGGGUUCCCGUCAGCCAGACGUCCGCCAGCCUCAUCAACCUCAGUCCACAGACUACUUACAUCCUCUGUGUCACGUGCCAGUCCGCCAACCCUACUAGAGAGCAGUGCCAGGUCUUCAGUACCCUAGACGAGGGCACGGAGCAAAAUGAAGGUGGCAGAGAGUUGGCAAUGGGAGUUUGGCUGGCCAGCAGCAUCCUCCUCCUGAUCAUUGCUGUGGCUCUGCUUUGGGGAUGUGUUCACACAAUAUGUCCGGCCAAGAGAGAUUUUAAAAGAGGUAAGCAGUCGGGUUCCAACCCUCCUCAACUGGCUUUGACCCCCAUGGGUGGAAUCAUGAGAAGCGAUGGACGGAAAAAUCUGUACUCUCCGAGCUACAGUGAGGAGGACUAUCGUAACGCGACAGUGAUUGAGAAUCCUUACCGUGUCGAGCAGGGUAACGGGCCGAAUCGUGAAACUGGAACAUGGUAUAAUAUGCAGACAUGUGGUCCCAAGUCCUAAUAAUUGUGUAUGGUAAGAAUCAUUCAUGUACUGACCCCAAAGGGUUCAAACUAUUAGAACUUACACAAUGAGGACGAUUAUUGGAACGGAAACCAUUUUGAGGAAAUUAAACUCUGACAAACCAGAUAAUUUUGGCUGAAGAGUGUUAAAAUGGUUUUAUGAAGUCAGAUGGAAAGACGACUAGUGAAGAAAAUUAUCUACAAAAUGAGGCUUGCCCAAUUAUGGUGGCCUCCAUAUUGAGAUCACAUGACUGGCCACGUCUUGGAUUUCAAUAAAAGUCAGCAAAACACAAAAGCAUGAUAUUAAGUAGUGCAACACAUUUCAUAUUCAAUGCAAAUAUUAUUACAGAUUGUGUAUUAUACUGUUCCUGUAUAAAUUAAUAGUCUGUUUUGUGUUAAAUGAGUUGAAAAUGUAUGUAUCUUACAAAUAAAAAUUUGCAUAUGUGCCCAGGAAGUUAUCUUUAAGAGGCUUUUUGUGAAUUAAUGUUAAUGCAGGAAGUGUAAUUGAUAUCAGUGUGAUAUUUGUAAUGAAGCAGGAAACAGAAGCACCAUUGACUUUCAUAGUAAGAAAAAAUACUGCUACAUGAUGACGAUCACUGGGACGGAAAACAUUUUAAGGAAAUGAAACUCUGAUGGACCAGAAAGUUAAGGCUGAAGAGUGUAAAAAUGUUUUUUUUUUAAAGUCAGAUGGAAACAUGUCUAAUGAAGAAAAUGAUCUACAAAAUAAUGCUUGCCCAAUUAUGGUGGCCUCCAUGUUGAGAUCACAUGACUGACCACGUCUUUGAUUUCAAGACGACAAAACACGAUAGCAUGAUAUUAAAGGCGGAGUCCACGAUGUUUGAAAGCCGAUGUUGAUAUUUGAAAUCACCUAAACAAACACGCCCCUACCCCAAUAGAAUCUGGACCUUUUGUUGAUAGACCCGCCCUACACAUACGCAACCCGGCAAGGAUGUCAGUUAGUAGACACGCUCCUUACUGCUGAUUGGCUAUAAGUGUGUUUUGGUAGUCGGACCGUCUCCUUUUCCAAAGCGUUUUUCAAACAUCGUGGACUCCGCCUUUAAGUAGUACAACACAUUAAAUCCUUAAAGUGACACUCCACUUUUUUUUUAAAUAGUCUCAUUUUUCAGCUUCCCUAUAUUUAAAUAUUUGAUUUUUACUGUUUUGGGAUCCAUUCAGGCGAUCUCUGGGUCUGGCGGGACCACUUUUAGCAUAGCUUAGCAUAAUCCAUUGAAUCUGGUUAGACCAUUAGCAUCGCGCUCACAAUGACUAAUGAGUUUCGAUAUUUUUCCUAUUUAAAACUUGCCGAAAAUAGUAACCCAUAGUAACUAUAGUUCCUAGCCAUAUCAGCCUAGAAAAUCGCAACUUUUAAUUUUCCGUCAGUCUUAGUACACAAUGUAAAAAAAGAGUCAAGAUUUAAAUA